AUGCCACCCGGAACCGGACACAUGCCAGCCAGUUUUUCAGCAUAUGCUAACGGCUUGAACGAAGCAAACCUCAUCGCCAACAGUGCUUUAACAAACGGAUACAUACAAAAUAACUACAAUAACGCCGUAAUCGCUAGCGAAGCACUCAACGAAAUCGCAUUGAAUGCGAACAGAAAUUCGAUUCUAACGAACGAAUUAAAUUCAAUGAACUAUGCUAAUAAUUUACAAGCAACACCAGUACAGAAUCCAGCCAUAAAUAAUAUCCAAGUUUCGCCGAUAAUAUCUGAAGUUGUACCGUCUUUACAGUACGGAGAUGUUAACAUGGCGGGAGAAUUACCGAUCGGUGGCACUAUUAAGGUGUCUGGAUGUUUUCCCGUGUAUGGCAUGAUCGCGGUGGAUGGUAACGUACCAUCCAGUGGCACAGCGGUUGUGGCCGAGUCGUUCGGCAACCAGGUUAUGGAUGUCGUGUCGAAAUGUGCCAGCCAGUACUUUAGUUAA